AUGAUUUUCUCCUGGCUGACACAGUGUUGGGGUGUGAGGCUGAAGGAGCCUGCCCUUGCGCUACCCGGGACAGGCGGUGAUUGUGUGGCCGCACACGAUAUAAUGCAUGUCGUCCAAAUUCUCAGCAUCAACGACGAAGGCGCCCUGAUCAAGGUUCGGACCGUUGCCGGCGAAGAGCGGAGUGUGUACAGCUCUCUCCCAGAGUUAAAACUGAUGCGGGGAAUGGAGACGGCUGUUGAAAAGUUUAGGAAAAACCUUCCCCCAGACUUUGAAUCUUCGGCCUGCCACAAUGGAAAUAAUGAAAAUUACAGGAACGGUCGGAAGAUCAUAGAUAACCCCGAAACCGUCGAAUGGGUAGCGACAUACCAAGGCAUCGAACAUGCUAGAGGAAAGUACCUAGUGUGGGCCGAAGUGGAUGUAACGCAACGUGUCAAAGUGAUUUUCACGAGCGUAGGCGCCUACUCACAAUGCCCGGGAGCGGUAGCUGCCAUCCCGCAUUGCCACCGGGACACGUUCAAACAAUACCAAAAGAUGGAGGAGAGCGGACCCCGGCAGCCGGCAAGGGAGACGGUUGACGGCUAUAAACUCAUUAAGCACAUUCAGGAUGACGUCUACGUUGGUGAUCGUCAGAUCCAGGGUGCUGGGCUAUCAGGGGACGACCGUAAGGUGACGAUCAAGCUAGAGGCGCGCGAUACGGACGCACCGUCCCUUGAACGCGAGGUCGAGAAUCUUCUAUCUUUUUCGGGGGAAAUUGGUUUUCCCCUGGUCGAACGCUAUGGCACCCAGGAUGGAUAUAGAUUCAUGGUCUGCCGCCUCGCCGGUCCUACCUUAGAGGAUUUAUUGGAAUGGUGUAGGGCGUUCUCCCUAAAGACCGUCUUCCUCCUCGCCGAGCAGCUCAUAAGCCGCGUUGAGGUCAUUCAUCGCCGGUCUUUCAUUCACGGCGGGAUACGGCCUGGUGCGUUUGCCUUGGACACUAUAAAGGCCUUAAAUCAGGUCACGCUUGUUGAGGUAGCCGGAUUGAUCACGGAACACCCGCGGCGUAAUGAUGCCCGGUAUUUUGACCUUGAGGGGCUCACACUCAUGCUCAUCUAUAUGUGCCGCAGGCUAGCGCCGUGGGAGGGGCUCCAGAUUGACCUUACGAAGACACUGUACGAAGACAUUCUCCGGCAAAUGGAGGACACGCGGGCGGAAGUUCUCUGUGAAGGGCUGCCUCGAGCGUUCAAAGUCUGCUUGGAGUACGUGAAAUUUCCUGACCAUACCAAUGAACCCGACUACAACUAUCUCCGUCAACUUUUCCGCAGCGCUUUCGACGAGAACAGGCUCUUACGCGAUGGAGUCUUCGAUUGGAUUGCUUACAAGAAUUGGAAUUCCCAACAAGGCUGCUCUCUGCCGGUCGCAGGCAUUACUGGCGAGGUAGGGAGCAAGCGCCUCUCAGGCGAAGACGUUCGAAGGGAACGCAACGCCCAGGCCGAUCUACUCUAUCAAGCGAAAGAAGCGUGUGUGUCAAUUGCCAAGGCGGAUAAAGCUGACUGGACGGCGGCCGCCUCCGCACACCUCGAGCUCACCAGAAGGUAUAUCGAUAUUUGGGAUCUUGCACAGCACCCCGAGAUUCCCACUGACUUGAGGCGUUGGCCAGAAGGCCACCAGCUACAAGAAAAAGUAUGGCAGAUCGGAAUAGAGCCGUGUCUGAAGCUGCUCGAGGCUGGCCUUCCGCACACGCGUAACCUCAUGACGGGUUUCCUUCAUAGAACGUUUAUUCUGCUGACGGUGUUUGUGGAGAAGGCACCUCAGUAUGAGGAAAAGUGCGCGAGGUACCUUUUGGGUCUUUCUAAGUGGGGGAUGGAGCAUGACCCCCAUGGUUCGUGGGCGGGGGUGCAUAGCCGCUGGGGUGAGUCAGCAGGCGACGUUCUGGAAGCCUCAGUGCCAUGCUGA